AUGGCCAGGGAAGAUGCGACUAUUGGAUACCAGUCUAGUUUUGGGUCCGGAUUCACGAGCCCUAGCACAGGAGGGUACCAGUCUGGUAUGACGAGUCCAGAACCGAGCUACGCUGGCUCGUUGACCGAUAUACCGCAGGGUCCUGGACCAUUUUCAAUAUUCGUCCACAAUAUUGGAGAGGACGUAGAAGACCGUGAGUUGUGGGCCCUUUUUUAUCCGUCCGGGACCGUUGAGAAGUGCACGGUGAUGAUGGAUACGGACCUAAUGGUCUGCAAGGGCUUUGACUUCGUUGAUACGGUCCACGUGAUGGAGGCUUCCAACGCUAUUCAGAAUCUGAACGGAUGA